AUGAAGCUCGGUGCCAACGUAAUCUCUGUUGCCGCCAUCAUGGCGAGCACUGCCGUGGCUGCUCUCGGCGAGAGCGUCCCAUGGGAAAGACUGGACAAGAACGACUCGCUGCUGGUCAUUGUCGACCUGCAAGAGGGCCUGUACAACCUGGCUCGCGACUGGGACCCCACUCUCUACAGGCAGAAUCUACUAGCCUACGCCAGCCUUGCGACGGUAUUUCCCAUGCCCGUGAUUUUGACGACGUCAGCCGAGACUGGCCCCAACGGUCCCUUGCCGCAGGAGAUCCAGGAUUGGUAUCCCACGGCCCCUUUCAUCAAACGCCUGGGCGAGGUCGACGCGUGGGACAACUCGGAUUUCCGGGCCGCCGUCCGCGCCUCCAACAAGUCCCAGAUCAUAAUAGGAGGGAUUGUGACUGACGUUUGCACGGCCUUCCUCGCGCGGUCUCUACGGGCCGAAGGCUACUCAGUCUGGGCCGUGCUCGAGGCCAGCGGCACGACGUCGGCCGAGGUGCGCGACAUUGCCAACGCCGGGAUGCUGAGGGCCGGCGUCAACGUGGUCUCGCUCUUCUACGUCGUGUGCGACCUGAUGCGCGACUGGCGCAACACCCCGGGCGCCGUCCAAGUCUUCCCCUGGCUGGACAAGUGGAUGCCCGUCUACGGUCAGACAGCGCGCAGCCACAAGUUCGCCGUCCAGAAUGGAACCGUUCUAGCUGGCGAGAACUUGCUGCCCAUCUAA